AUGAAGUUGAGUGGCCAUGCUUCUCCUACUACGGUCAUUGGUGUGGUGAUGACCUUCACUUUUAUUGCUGCUGUCGCGGUUGCACUUAGGCUAUGGACGCGGUUUGCUAUCAGUCACCAACCGGGGAUAGACGAUCUUGUGGUGACGCUGUCUCUCAUCUUCACGUCGAUGGUGAUACGAUAUGGACUCGGCAAGCACCAAGAUUCCCUAUCAGACCAUGACAGCAUGUACCUGCUGCUAUGGUUCUUCAUAUCGAUCUGGAACUACUACCUCGGCCUGGGCCUAGCGAAGCUGUCCAUCGUCCUGCAAUGCUUGCGCAUCUUUGGGAACAAUAAGAGGUUCAGGAUUUCGGCAUACAUAUUGGGCGCGGUCAUUGCAGUCUUCACCGCAUACACGGUCUUCAUUACCAUCUUCCUCUGCCAACCCACCUCGCAUUUCUGGCACCCUGAGCGACCAGGCAAGUGCCUGAAUCGAUUGCCGAUAUGGUUCUUCAACUCGAGCUUCAGCAUCGCCACCGACAUCGCUACCGCAGUCCUCCCUCUCCCAGUCGUCAACAGCCUCAACCUCCCCAAAAAGCAAAGACGGAUGCUCAUGGCUGUAUUUGGGCUGGGCGGCGCAGUCUGCGCAGUGUCAUUGAUACGAUUCUACGCCCUCUACGCCAUUGCGAUAUCGAAAGAUCCGAGCUGGGACAAUCCACUGGCUGCGCUGUAUGCGAAUCUGGAAGCGACAGUGGGCAUUAUCGCGAGUUGCCUCCCAACGAUGAAGGGGAUAGUAAGCCGCUUCUUCCCGACCCUGUUCUCCACAUCAGGAGCCUCGCGCGAAGUGACUCCCGCGAUCGAACUAUCCGCAACAAAAUCAAACCUUUCCUCCGGCAUUCGUCGAGUCCAAUCUACGGUAGAUCGAGUCUGGGACCCAACACGGGACAAUGCCAAAAGAGGAUUAUUUUCGAGAGUACGCAGUGGAUUCGUUAAGGUCAAGAUUACAGAGACGACUCAAGACGGCGGCGAAGAGAGGACGCAAGCAUCAGGGAGUGUUGGAAGUCCUUUGGAGCUCAAGAACAAUGAGAUCAAAGUCACCACGACUGUUGAGCAGGUUGAGAGGCGCAAAGAAGAUUGGGUUCAUGACAGUAAGGAGAAUCUUGUGCCGGCCAUGCCUUUUGAGAGACCUUGA